CGCAGAUUCUAAAAUGGAACGUUGUCGGCGGCGUGAAUGAGCGCGAGGGGGUGUGUGAGCGUGAGUAAGACAGGGUCCAGCGGCAGCAGCAGCCGUAGGAGCCAGUACCGCGCCCGCCGCCUUCUUGCAGCCGGUCCCCCCGCAGCGGUACGGGGAGCAGCCGCCUCCUCCUUCCCUCUGUAUGGAGCUCUCUGCUAUCGGGGAGCAGGUGUUUGCAGUGGAGAGUAUCAGGAAGAAGCGCAUAAGGAAGGGUAAAGUAGAAUACCUGGUGAAGUGGAAAGGAUGGCCCCCAAAAUACAGCACUUGGGAGCCGGAGGAUCACAUCCUGGAUCCUCGCCUGGUAGUGGCUUAUGAAGAGAAGGAAGAGAGAGACCGUGCAUCAGGAUACAGGAAGAGAGGCCCUAAACCGAAACGCCUCUUAUUACAGCAAAACUUAAACCAUGCUCAGGCCCAGAUGGAGCUGGCCUGUAGAGGGUCGUUGUGGCAGUGGAGGAAUCAUAUUAGGGCAAGUGGGUUCCACUGUUCAGAAGGGAUGGCUGUAGGUGCCCCGCAGGGCAAUCAGGGCCAUAGGCUUUACGGUAUGGACCUGAGGAGUGCCCACAAGGGAAAGGAGAAGCUCUGUUUCUCUCUAUCACGGCGAUUUGGAGGAGGAGGAGGAAGCAAUCUGGCAGGGGCCAAGCCAGGACAGACAGAGCUAUCGGAGAAGAGUGGGGGAGGUGUCCUACCAUUCCCGCUCCGGAAGCAGCGCAAGAACCAGAAAUAUCUCCGGCUGUCGCGGAAGAAGUUUCCACGCAUGUCAAGCCUGGAGAGCCGUAACCACAGGCGUGAGUUCUUCUUGAAGGAAUCAGUGGCACUAGAGACUAGGCAGACUCCCAAUGGCUGGGACGCGACGCAGCAUGCUAGCAAAGAAGUAGGUGUGGAUGCAGUUGAUGGCAGCCUCCCCUGGAUCCCCACCUUGUCCCCCAGCGAAGUGACAGUGACAGACAUCACCGCAAACUCCAUUACCGUGACCUUCAGAGAAGCACAAGUGGCCGAGGGCUUCUUCCGAGACCGAAGUGUGCAGUUCUGAAUCUCCAUUUUUAAUGUUCCUAGUCAGAUUCUUUUGGGGGUGGGGUGAUUAUUUCACUCUUUAAAAAAAAUCCAAAAUGUUUCUUUUAAAAUGUUUACAGAGGAUUUUUUUUUUUUACUGAAGUCUCUUUGAUUUUUCUUUUCCCCUUCAGAUACGCAAAAACAAAAGGCAAUGUACAGGCAAUGUGUUUUUGUUUGUUAUACUUGUCUGUUAUUGCUUUGUCCGUCUGAGAAACUGAUACCCCUUUCCUUGGCAAAGACUCCCCUGGUAGGGCAUCUUGAGAAUUUUUUUUCUCCAUGUAGUCCCUUUGCUCUAUGAGUUCUGGCAGUUGCAUUUAGGGUGAGAGAGGACACGGAGAUGGAAGGGGUUGGACCUAUUGCUUGCUUCCCUGAUUUGCAGUUGUUGUCCCUUGGGUAAAGAUGCUUUCUCUGGACAACACCCUCCCUAUCUUCCUCCUCCCGCCCAGCUACUACAGUAAGAUGUAAUGGACCCAAUCACUUUAGGUAGCUCAAGUCUGUUAUAAAGCUUCCUCCCUUCUAAUGUUUUAUCUGUGGCAGUAUUGCAAGUAAUCUGUUUGCCUCGGAAGGUAGGAAACUCCAUUGCAAGUAAUGAAUGGGGCUGAUGGUUACAGUGUGAUUCCAUGAAGAAUGAAGGGAUGUCUUCCCUCUCUGCGUGAUCCAUUGAUCCUGUAACACAGGGGUUCUCAAACUGGGAGGUGGGACCCCGCAGGGGGUUGUGAGGUUAUUACAUGGGGGAGUUGCGAGCUGUCAGCCUCCACCCCAAACCCCUCUUCACCUCCAGCAUUUAUAAUGGUGUUAAAUAGAUAAAAAUGUGUUUUUAAUUGGUAAAGGGGGAUGGGUCACAGUACAAAAGUUUGAGAACCACUGCUGUAAAACGUAUCUUUGUAACCUCCUAGCUGUGGUAUAUUGGCUACACAUACUCACUUUGGAUUUCAGAGCCUUUAAUAAGGGCCCUUUAGGAGGAUAACUGUAUAUAUUAACACAUUGGUACUCAUUUUUCUCUAUCCAGAGACCUUCCCAGAACUCUUCUCUCUGACCAGAACCUUCUCUGAUCUAGAAAUAUGGGAAGAGAAAGGUGUUUGUGUGUAACCGCCCCCCACCACACACACACACUGGGGGAUGAGGAUUCCCCCCAGGCUGAGAACCCCUGUACUAAAAGAUUUACGAAACCCAGAUUGGAUAUAAAUAUUGUCCUGAAAAUGCUUUAAUAAGUCAGUGAAAAGAGUGGCUCUCUUCAUGGGAAGAAGGGCUUACGGAGGGAUUGAAACAUUGCCCGGCAGUGCUGGAAAUCCACAGAUAAUGGCAGAGGCCUAGUGCAUGAGAACUAGGCAGUGAAACUGGACUUUAGCUGGUCAGUUUCCAGUUUUAGGUAGUUUUUUGCUCUCUGAUCAAAUUUAAAGGCCAAAAGUGAAUAGCAUAAGGACUGGGAGGAGUCUACUAGACUUCUAACAUUUUUUUAACUUUUAAUUUAUCUUCUAAAGUGAUAAGGACUCUUGGAUUGAGUGUCCUAUUUAUAUUUCCCCCCCCCCUCCCCUUUUGAGGGUUUAAAAAGCUUUGCCAAGGAAAGCCACCUGCAGUUCUAUAGAGCCUGCCUGGUCUUGCACUUAAAAACACCUGGAGAUUUGUGCUGGAUUCUACCUGUGACAUUUUGGGGUUUCUAAGAAUUGCUGUAUCUUCAAAGUUGAUAGUUUAGCAUCUGUUCUUGCACGCUCACUCUCUCUUCCUUCUUUAAACUUAAAAAUCUCUCUCCCUAUGGAAAGCAAGAAGGGUAAGCUAGGGCCUCGGGGGGGAAUUGUGGGGUAGUGUGAUACAGUGCAGCCUUGACUCUUUCUUCAUUUACUACCCUCCUUUAAUUCCCUCCAAAAAAAAUGACUUCAUCUGCUGGUUUUGUGCUAUCUGAAGCUACUUUCAUACAGAGCUGAAGCUAAGUGUUAGUGUAAAUCCUAAAUGCUGUUUCUCUGCAGCUCGUCCCCUGGAGGGCUUAGCUUCAGGCCUGCAGAACUUAGGAGUUCUGCAACACUGAUGCUUUGGGUCCUGCAAACACUUGCUUUUUACAAAGGUUUUGAACUGCCUCUAAGCUUUCUUUAAAAGCACAUUUUACCUCUAGUAGGCUCUAGCUGCUCAUAGGAUACUAAGAUUCACCCUCCAUUGUCUGGACUAGACUGCCUUCCACCAGGUCAUGGUACUUGCGGGACAGAUUGAUACGCCCUAUAUUUCAGGUGUCUCAGUGCAAAUAUUUUUGUCCCUCAAAAUAAACACAAGGUGGAUGCAGGAGACUGCCCCAGCUCCAAGUUUUUAUUAGUGGUGAAUUCUGAGAGGGUGGUUGGUGGAGGGAACCUGAGUUGAUUUUUUUUAAUGGUGGGAGUAGGUGUCAGAGAAGAAGAGAGAGUGCUGAAUCCUAAAAAAAUAGAAAUAGUGCAACCUGUGGGAUAAACAUAGACUCAGGACAAAGUUUGUCAAACAUGGUUGCUUAGAGUUAGGCUUCUAAAUGCAUAUAUAGUCACCUACAUAGAAGUAUCCUCUUUCCCCAUCCCUCCCCUCAAAAAAAGGGUGCUGAGCACCUGCAUCUCCUACUGACUUCCCUGAGAGUUGCAGGUCCCCAGCAUAUCUGAAAAUCAGGGUGACUUUGAUCCAGGUGACUAUAGAUUUAGAAGAUUAAUCCUAGGCACCUGAGUUUGAAGAACUUACUCCCCAACUUGUCGUUCCAAACCUUUGUAGGAUCCGGAAGAGUGGUUUUAACUUUUAUUUUUUUUUAUAUGUGGGUAUAUGGCCUUCUAUGCACUUUUCCCAGUUUAGUCCAGAAAUACUGCAAGAAAAACUCUUUUGUUUGUGGAUGUUUCCAGCCCUGGCCAAAAUCUGGGAAGCAACAGAAAUCCUGUAAAGGGCAAGAAAAAGGCUUCUUCUCUCACCAGACUUCCGUUCUGCUUUUCUCUCUCGCUGGUGUCACCUUCUAUGCACCCAUUGAGAUUUUCCAGACCAAAGAAUUCUGUCUUGACAUUCAUUUUCUUUGAAGAACACUGUUUUUGCAAACUUGACUGUAAGUGGAAGUUCUGGAGCCCUUGCAAACAGGAUUCACCCACUGCUUCAUUUUUAACUCUUGUAGAUGUUUACUUGUAUUGCUUCUGAUGACUAAUAUCCUUUCCUGAUCUAAAAUGAUUAAGGAGAUAUAUUGGUAGCCGUACUACCUUAUGCCCAAUCCACUGGGGGGGUUAAUCCAUUUCCGGUUGAGAUGCAGAACCUUGCUGAUGUGUGGGUUGGCUUUUUUUGGUGGUGUGGAGAGAACAAGUGGGGAGAGGAUGUUUUGUGGUAGGAAACUAAACAUGUAUCUUUUUUUUUUUUUUUUUGACACAUCCUUAGCAAGGUUUGUAUAUUGUAACAAUCAAUCUUGCACUCUUAACAGAAUGGUUUUAUUGUUUUUAGUCUCUGUAAAGUGUGGUUCUCUUCUGAAAAGUGACUGGAGAAAUGGUGGUGUGGGCUCCAGAGUGGUGGAAUGUCAAUGAUUUUCAAAUCAAAUGUGCUCAGUUUACAAGCGCAAAGAUUCUUAACUGCAAACUCAGCCUGGAAUCUGAAAGUCAUAUGGGGGCCUUGUUGGCUGCUAUCAUGAAAAUCCAAGAUUCUGUGAUUGGCGCUUCACUAGCUAUUAUGGUUGAUGCAAGAGACAAAAUAGAGUCCAGUUGGAACUUACUUUAAUGGUUCUGUUUGAAAUAGAAUCCAACAGACUCCCCUAUAGCUUUGCUGACUGCAAGGCUGAAGCAAUGCAGACUUACUUCAGCCAGCAGAAUUGCACAAAAAGCAGGUCCCGUGAGUAAGAAGGGACUGUUCUUAUAGAGUCAGUCUUCAGAACAGAACUGCACUGUAAGAACUUGCCAGCAGUUCUUUGGGCAGGAGUUGCUUGUUUCAUGCAUCUGUUCAUAGUGGUAUUUUAUGUAUUGUUUGUAUCAUGGCCACACUUAGGGGCCUCAGUUGCAUUGGGACUCCAUUGUGCUAGGCACUGUACAAACAUUUGUUGAAAACUGCUUUUUUCCCCCCAAUACCUUUCAUUCCCACACCCAGUAUUUUUAUUGAUUCCUCAGAGCACCAACCACGAAUGAUUAGUGGUAUCUUAAGGUACGUCUAUGCUGCAAAAAACAACUCCCCAGAACCAAGUCUCGUAUCCCAGAUCAACUGACUUGGGCUCCCGCUAUAGGGGCUAAACAUACCAGUGUAGAUGUUCCCAUGCCCAGCCAAGCAGGAACAUCUAGACAGCUAUUUUUAGCCCUUCAGCGUGAGCCGAAGUCAGUUGACCUGGGCUCUGAGACUUGCUGCCCCGGGUCUUUUAUUACAGUGUAGUCCUAUCCUUAGUAGCCCUGUGUCUCCAGCACACCCCUUAUUCUCCUGUAAUGACUUGGGCCCUUGGAUGUGUCAAGUCUGAUCCUUGUUUUCAGCGGCAGACAGGAUAUUGUGGGAACACCCAAAUGCAGUUCCUUUUGCCAAAAUAAACCCAAGUCUGCCAGUGAAGUGACCCUGACUAAGUCAGAGCCUGAGACAGAAACGAACAUGUGAUUAACACAGCAGAACAGGGUGUUUUUUUUUGUUUUGUCGUUAGUGUUGUGAAACUGUCCUGAAAGAUUCUUCUGGUGUGUUUGAUUGAAUGUGUGAACUUGGUUUUGACCUCAUGGGGCCCUGGGCCCCAGUACUGCUUCCUGCUCUACCCAGCCCCACGCUUAGUAUUGUGUUUGAUGGUUUAACUGGAAUAGAGUGGCCUCAUGUAGGCUGAAAAAUAGGCAGGCUGCUAAUAGGAGAUACUUAAUGCAACCACCACAGCAAAGAUUGGGGUGAGGAAAUACAGUGCUGAUGGCUGUGGGCAACAGCCCAAGGUUGAUGGUUAAAGCGGGGCCCCUUUGCUGAACAUUAAUUUCAUGCUUUUGAAGCAGGAAAGAAGCAAACCUCCUUUCUAAAAAUAGUGAUAUUUUUCCUUCUCUUCUGUUCCUAUUCCAUGUACUCUUCCUGCAGCCUAGGAAGGAGGGCAGUGUAGUUUCCUGGGACACUGUGGGGGCUGCUCGAUGAAUGGGGCCCCUAACUUGUAGGGUCUGGCAUUUCUUGGACUCUAGAGUUGUGCGGGAUCUGUGUACUGUAUCCCCACUGUCAAUAAUGCCCUUGCUAGACUGUUCAGGACAGACUGUUGGGUAGAGUGCCUGUUACUUACGAAAGAGAGUGCAUUGCAAUGCAAGGAGCAUUCAUUAACUCCCAAGGCCCUUCCAGGGUCUGCAUCAUGCUGAUACUUCCCAUUAAUAAAAUCAGAUGCCAAAGUGAGAACUCCAAAACCUUUCUUGUUGUUGGAGACUUCUGCUCCCAUCCUUUGUAAGUCCUAAUUCUGACAGUAGUUAAUGGCUUCAUUCAGCUGCCCAAUUCCUUCUGUGCACUCCACAGCGGCCUGUCACAGCUAUUGGUAUUGCCACAGAUUUGUUCACUUUUUUUCAUCUGAGUGAAAAGAUGAGAAUAUUAGAUGGGGAUGUGUAUGGGGCAGGCGUAUGCAUGGGGAGGGGAGUAUCUAGGAAAUGGAGUAUGUCUGUUCAGUGUAGCCCAGUGUAUUCAAAUGCACAAUUUUCCUAUUUCUUCACUUCCUUCUCCCCCUUAGGACAUCACUGCCCUGCAUCAGCAUUUUAGAAGGAUUAAUUGGCACUCCUCUGUGUGCUCUGAAUGGGUACGGAGUAAGUGAGCAUGUGUGGAGAGAGUUGUUUGCUUCUGUGUUAAGUAGCUGGGUCUUUCAGGGGGAGGGAAAGCACAGAUUUAUCUUUGUGGGGGAGGGAGCCAAGCAGGAGAAUGACAGUUCAGAUCGGAGUAGUUAUUAGAAAGGAAAAUGUACCAUUGGCACAUGCAGGUGAUAGUGAAAGAUUGAUGCAUUGUACAUGUUCUCAAGCCAAUAUCUGCCAGAGGCUAGAGCACAGUGGUCUAAAAUCAGUUCUUUCUCAUGUCAAAGGGUCCGUGUUGUCCUCUGCCCCGCCGAGCUCAAAUGCCCAUAAGCCAGGGCUGUAGCCUUCACGCAAAAGGAGAAUGGCUGUCCCAAAUUAUUUAACCACUCAGAUGAAAUCUAAGCUAUUAGGUAGGUGGAAGUGGUUGUGGGACUUGCCCAAGAGAUUAGCAUUUGUAAAGCAGGGGGUAGGUUGCCAACCUCAUCAGAACAGUCACUGAUGGGGAAGGGCAGGAUAAGGAUAAGGAAUGUUUCCUGGGGAGUUGGCCACUUCAUCCAGAAGCCAUUGCCCAUUCAGAAAUCUGUGAUCAGAAGUAGCACAGAGCAACUGAGACCAAUAAUGGAAGCUGGUAGUGGCUGGCAUUUGAAUGGGAGACCGAAUUACUGUACUUGCCAUAUGGGAUGGGUAGAAAGCUCAGGCUCAGAAAGAGGAUUUGCUGCUUUCAUUAAUUGUGGGCCACUUGAUACCCUGCCCCUCUUUUUAGAGAAGAGACACGCUCCCCUCCACAAUUGUGUGGGUCCUGGAGGUGCUAGAUUGACACAUGGGGGGCGGGGGCAUGGGACUGAGUGAUAGAUUCUAAAAGGUCAGGUUUCUGACUAUCUGUUCUGUCUCAUUUUAGUGCUAAUGGUGGGGGAGGGUUUAGGGAUUAGGGUUUUGGAGGGGGCAGGUGUUAAGGUAAUGUAGAGGUAGCACCAAAAACUCUCUGAAAUCUAAAAAUGUUAGUCUGCUUUUUGGCUUUUCUUAAGUCAAGGCCUAAGUAUGUUUGAAGCACUUUGAAGAUGCAAAGCACUAGGAGCGCUGAGUACUCUUAUUGCCUCUUUUAAAAAGUUCCAUUUGAAAAGGGAAAGAUGUAUCCAUUUCAGACCACUGGCUAUUCCUUAUCUCCUUUCCACAGCUGCCAUCCAGCCCUUGGCAUCCCUUCUAUGGUUGUAGGGUGGGUUUGCCAUUCCAGGCAUCCCAGGUGAAGAAGGGUACAAUGAAGGAGGGGAGAAGACUUUAAAACUCCACAUCCACCUUCAGAACACGUUUUCCCCCAACACUUGCUGUAAUAGGGGAAUUAUUAGGUUCUGUUUCCAUGUUCAGGAGUCCCAGUGUUUAGAGAUGGCUGAGAUGUGAUCCAAUAGGUUUCUUCCAUCUCUAGUUUUGGAGACAUCUUUUUAGUUCCCUUUUCUGGACAAAUUGCACUUUAGGAGCUUAUUGGGGAUGGGAGGCAUGUGUACCUCUUUGGCGUAAGGAUAACCCAACAGCUGUUUUCAGUGACUGGACUCUUCCAGUGGGUUAUUGUCUCACCUCACGUCCAACAGAACAGGUGCAAAGGAACUUGUUUUUAAAAAAAUCACAAAGUUUAGGCUUAAAAAAAAAUCUAAAUUGAACAUUUUAGCUGGCUAUGUAGGGUGUUUUACUUAGUAGCAGGCACCUGUGUUUGGAGAAACCCCAAUCCUCCCAGCUUUUCAGCACCGACCUUCUUUCCCAUGCUUCUGCACUGCUUAAUCUAGGUUCUUCUACGACUGUUGUGUGACUUUACUGCCUAUUUUAUAUGCUUGUUUUCCACCAAGGAUGGGGUUGGGGAAGGUUACUUUAUUUUUAUUCUUGGCAUGAUAGAGCACCUGAGUCUUUGCACAAGAAAGCUUCCUUUGCACAGAAUGAGCUAGCUUUUGUACAGACUAACUGAAUGUAUUUGGGCAGAGGGGGCUGAGGGAACGAAUCAAUUCCAAACAAACAAAAAAAAGACCCCUAAGUAUAAUGCCUUUUCGGAGUGAGUGCUUGUUGUAAAUGGAGAUUGUAAUACAAAUGGGAGGACAAGUCUAGUUACAAUUUGAUGCAAAGUGUGGUUUUAUUUUUGUACUGAUAUGGAUAAGAGACUGUACAGCAUCUAUUUAUUUAGAUGAUUUAUGUGGUAAAUGUUACAAAGUUAUUAAAAAUAUUAAAUAUGAGAACUGACAUUUAACUAA